AUGGCAACAAACGAGCUCACGGAUGACAAGGAGUGGGAGCAAGCCGAGGGUGUCCCGAGUCUCAGCGACCCAUUCAUCCAAAAGUAUCUUCAAGGCAGGGAUGCGCUUGUACAGCAGGAGAAGAGGCAGCGCAGUGACUACCUUUUCAGGCAGAAUCUCUCGCCCAUGGCACAAGAGGCAUGCGCCAUUGUCUCUCAGAUACGCUUCGAGGAGCAGCAGACAUUGUGGACGAAAGAGUAUGAGGACAGCCUCCUCACCAAUCAUGUUGAUGUCUUUCCCGGUAUGAUGUUCUCGCUCGCCAAAGAGCGUAUGGAGAAGAGCAAGCUUUGGCAGAUUAUCCAGAAGAUGCCCAAAGGCGCGCUACUUCACUGCCACUUAGAAGCCAUGGUCGACCUUGACUGGGCGCUAGAAGAAGCUUUCAACACCGACGGUGUUUGUCUCAUAGCGAAUGGUCCCAUAAAAACAGAACAGGAGAGGCGCAAAACUGGCUUCUCCUUCGUGUACUCGAAAUCCCCAAGCAGUGAUGCGACGAUGUGGUCCUCGGACUAUGCAGCGAAUACACCCAUUCCAAUCCAAUUAGCCGCAGAAAACUUUCCGGAUGGUGGGAAGAAGGCCUUCUUGGACUGGGUCCGCUCUCGCGUUACCAUCACUCCCUCGGAGCAUCUCUCGCAUCAUGAAGGCCCCAACGAAGCAUGGCGCAAGUUCAUGUCCUGCUUUCCAAUUCUUGGAUCCUUGAUCUACUACGAACCAAUCUUCCGGAAAUUUAUUCGCAGAUUAUGUAAGCAGCUGUUGGAUGAUGGUGUCUACUAUGUCGACAUGCGUUCUGCUUUCUACACGCCGUACCGAAGCACUGGCAAGGCCGAUUGGGAUGAAGACUGGUUCAACAUGUUGGAACACAUGGCUGAUGAAAUCGAAAAGUUCAAGGCAAGUGAAGAAGGCAAGGAGUUCUGGGGAGCCAGGAUGAUUUGGACAACAAUCAGGCAAUUCGGGAAGAAGCAAGUCAUCGAGAGCAUGAAACAAUGCAUCGAAAUGAAACUCGAAUUCCCCGAGAUCAUAGCUGGCUAUGAUUUAGUCGGACAAGAAGAUCUCGGCCGUCCGCUCUCAGACCUCGCCCCAGAACUCUUCUGGUUCCGCAAGAAGUGCGCAGAAGAGGGUGUCGACAUCCCCUUCUACUUCCACGCCGGCGAGACGCUCGGUGAUGGUGACUCCGUCGAUGAGAAUCUUUUCGACGCAAUCAUCCUUGGAACACGGCGCAUAGGUCACGGCUUCAGUUUGUACAAGCACCCGCUGCUCAUCGACAUGGUGAAGGAAAAGCGCAUCUUGAUCGAAUCCUGCCCUGUUUCUAACGAAGUCCUACGGCUGUGUGGAAGCAUCAUGUCGCAUCCCCUGCCUGCGCUUCUCGCCCGCGGCGUUCCUUGCUCGCUCUGCAACGAUGACCCUACGAUCCUGGGCCAGGGGGCAAUGGGCAUGUCACAUGAUUUCUGGCAAGCUCUACAAGGCUGGGAGAACCUCGGUCUGGAAGGUCUGGGCUCGCUGGCGGAGAAUAGCGUGCGCUGGGCUAGCUUUGAUGACCUGAGCACAAAGGACUGGACGCAGGAUAUCAAAGAUGGCAUGUUUGGCAAGGGUAUUCGCGCAAAACAUCUUAAGGAAUGGGUGGCAAAGUGGGAGAAAUUUUGCGCGUGGAUUGUGCAGGAGUAUGGUGUUGAUGAGAAUCUUGAUCCAGUGGAUGGGGAAGAACAGACAGCACGUAAGAUGUGUAAGGAGAGAAAAUCAGUUCUCAACAACUUCUCCUGUUCUGAUAUACAUUUCACCAAAACCAUUACCGCAUCAACGUCUAUCCUCCCAAAACGUUUCAAUCAUCAUCCUUUCCUAUAA